CAGCACUUGCAUUGUGACACUGGGGUGUGUCGUACACUACAGAGGAUAAGGAAAGCCCUCAGACUUCUGGGUGGAUUUCUAACAAUAUUCGAUCGCACCAUGUCUGCCGUUGAAUGGAAGAAGAAGUGUGAGGCUGAGUGGAGCCUGCAGGGCGCCCCGCUGCCCGACAGCCUGGACUGGAAGUCCGUGUAUGAAGCCCGACCGCUCGGCAGAAACUUCCUGAAGAACCCUGCGCCUCACGGCUUGAGCAAGGACACCCCUCCGCCUGAACCUGAACUGUCUGAAGUGCCACCACGUGGGCCUCCGCGUUUUCAACCUGAUGGUGACUUCAGCGGCUGGACCACGAGCACGGAGGUCCUCCCCUAUGAUACCAGUGGCAUCCCAGAAGGUGUUGUGAUCUGUCAACUGCCAACGUUCAGCUGGUUCUCCAUGGAGCAGGUUGUGGACUUGAAGGCAGAAGGACUGUGGGAAGAGCUGCUGGAUGAUUUUCAGCCUGAAAUAGUCAUCCAAGACUG